CGGCGAGCAGGUGCCGAGGCCACCACGGGCCCGGCAAAGGCACGCCGAGGGCCCCUCAGAGCCACCAGCCAGGAGGACCCGGGAGUCCCCGAUACCACGACGGGCAGGCAGUGCCCGUUCCUGCCGGAGCUGCCAGAGCCCAAAAGCCUAACCUUUGGGGGACUGGUGGGGACCUUGCCAGCCAGCAUGUGCCCGGCCACCACCGAGGUCAGGCCCCGGCCAUCUGCGGAGCCCAAAGAGAUGCCCACACCCAAGCCUGUGGGCUCAGGGGAGCUCCCCAUGGGCACCUCAUCUUCCUCGUGCCCGGCCUUUGGCUUUCCUGCCAGCUUCUCGGAGGCUGAGGGUUUUAGCAAGGCCCCUACACCCAUCCUGACCCCCGAGGCGGGCCUUGGGAGCAGUUACCAGUGCCGGCUGCAGGCCCUGAAUUUUUGCAUGGGCACCGACCCUGGCCUGGAGCACCUCUUGGCCUCAGCAGCGCCCUCCCCGGCGCCUCCCACCCCUCCCGCUUCACUGCGGGCCCCGCUGCCCCUGACAGCCGACCCCAAGGAGCCCUGGGCUGCAGGCAGCUUCCCUGUCCAGGGAGGCUCUGGCUUCCCGUUGGGGCUGACCCCCUGCCUAUACCGGACACCAGGAAUGUUCUUCUUUGAGUGAAGCCGGCCUGGCCUUGGGCAGUCCCUGCCACUCCACCCUCCAGGCUGAGCCUGGCUGUAGGAUCGGGGAGCUCUCAAAGGACCCAGGGCUGACAACUGCGACAGGAAGCCAAGAUGGGAAUGUGAACACUCAAUCCGCCCCCAGGACCUCCGGACAGACUGGGGGGAGGGGAAGCAGAGCCCCCGUGAGGUGUCCUCUGUGGCUCUCAGCCAAUAAAGCCAGUGU